GCCGCAGAGGUGCCGCGGACACACACGGGGCAAAAAAAAGUCAAAGUUCUGCCCCAAGCCGAUACCCGACAUUUUACUGAACUGCCCCUCCACCGCAGAGGAUUACUGUCCGGUAGUUUUUGUUUGUUUGUUUGGGAGAAACGUACUUUGUAAGUCAGCUUGCUGUGACUUUAGACUGACCAUGGAAAUCGAGAAAGAAGUUAAAAAGAUGACCCUGGGCCACGAGCUCGGAGCCGGAGCAGCGUGUCUGAAAUGCAAGGACAAGUGCGAGGGCUUCGAACUUCACUUCUGGAGGAAGAUCUGUCGCAACUGCAAGUGCGGGUUGGAGGAUCAUGACGUCCAGCUGCAGACGGAAGAGAACCAGAAGGUGGGGCGGCUUUUCGAAGACACCAAGUACACAGGUCUCAUAGCGAAGCUGAAGAGAGACGGAGUGCCUUCGUACCAAGGCGGCCAGCUCACCGUAACGAUCAGCACACCUGCUGUUGGUACUGCAAUUCCUGUUCCAGUGGCUGGUAAUGCGAGUACAGUGAGUCCUGCUUAUUCCCAAAGUAUCCCCGGCCACGGCGCCCCCUCUGCCCCCGGCCACGGCGCCCCCUCUGCCCCCGGCCACGGCGCCCCUUCCGCUCCUGGCCACGGCGCCCCUUCCGCUCCUGGCCACGGCGCCCCCUCCGCCCCCGGCCACGGCGCCCCCUCCGCCCCCGGCCACGGCGCCCCCUCCGCCCCCGGCCACGGCACUCCCUGCGGCCAUGGCACCCCCUGCGUCCCUGGCCAUGGCGCCCCGUCCGCCCCCGGCCACGGCGCACCCUCCGCCCCCGGCCACGGCACCCCCUGCAUCCCCGGCCACGGCGCCCCUUCUGGCCACACUGCCCCCUUCAUCUCUGGUCAUGGCGCCCCCCCUGUUGCACAGAAGGGUACUCUGUCUCCUGCAGGACAAGGUGUCCCCUCUGUCCCUGGUGCCUCCUUUGCCGCAGGACAGGGUGUUCCUUCUCCAGCUCCUGUUGCUGCUGCCGUCACUCCUGCUCCCGUGGCAGCCAAAAAGAAUGUGGUCAAAGCUGUCACCUACGACUGGGCUCCUCGAGGGGUUGCCCAGAAUUUGGCUCUGCGUUACAUGGAGCUGCUCCCGCCGGAGCGGCGGCCCAUUGCAGGCACGGAGGGAGCAGAUUAUCGUAAAAAGCAAAUGGCCAAACAGCUCCCAGAGCACGACCAGGACCCGGAGCGCUGCCACGAGCUCUCACCCGCUGAGGUCAAACAAAUGCAGCAGUAUGUCCGCAAGUACAAGGACGAGGCUCUGGGCAUUGGAGACCUGACACUACCGGAGGAGCUCAGCUCUCAUGCAGAAGCCCUUCAGAGCCCUGGUGCAGGAGCCAAGCCGGGAGCACCCGGGGACCAGGGCACGGCCGCAGUGGGGAAGGUCGGGGUCCCGGGGGCGGCCGGGGCAGUUAGCGGCGUCGGUCCUUCUGGGAAUUACGCGUGCCAUCAAUGCCAUCGUGCCAUGAACCGUGGCGACCCGGCUGUUUUCGCGGAACGUGCCGGCUUCGAAAAGCUUUGGCACCCGGGAUGCUUCGUGUGCUGCACCUGCAACGAGCUGCUGGUGGAUAUGAUCUACUUCUGGAAGAAGGGCAACCUGUACUGCGGCCGGCACUACGGAGACAGUGAGAAGCCCCGAUGCGGCGGCUGUGACGAGCUGAUCUUCAGUAACGAGUACACUCAGGCCGAGGGACAGAACUGGCACCUGAAGCACUUCUGCUGCUUCGACUGCGACUGUGUUCUGGCCGGAGAAACUUACGUCAUGGAGAACGACAAGCCGGUGUGCCAACCCUGCUACAUGAAGAACCACGCUGUGCACUGCGUGUCGUGUAAGCAGCCGAUCGAGCCCGAAGCGCAGCGCGUGUCCUACGGCGAGCACCACUGGCACGCCGAGCCUCAGUGCUUUCAGUGCUCGGGCUGCUCCAAGUGCCUGGUGGGUCAGCGCUUCAUGGCCAUGCAGGGGAAACUCGUCUGCUCCGUCGAGUGCAAGAAGAAGGUCAUGGCGCCUUGAAGACGCUCAGACCAACCAGCUACGGGACCAAGUCAUCGUUUCAUAACCACUCUGUUUAUAACCACUGGCUUAGUCUUUCUUUUUCAAGUGUUUUCAUCAAGAACAACUCCUUUUCCUUUGCCUUUUUCUUUUCAUCUUGCUUUCAGUUCUGAAUAACAACAUUAAUAUUCACGCAAGUUCUUCAAAGCCGCGCAUAUUUUUGCACACGGCAGCCUGCGGCUAAGCAGCGGUACAAUAAAUCAAAAUAUCAGACACACACACACUCGCUGCUGUGAAACACACGUCUCCGUCCUGCUGCUGUGGAACAUCUCAGUAUUGAACCCAGUCUCAACAUUUCUGAUUCUCUGGCGUUUCUUUAAAUCACUAAAAUCGCACUUUAUUAUGAUUUCUUUUUUUUUUUUUUUCACUUUGUAACGUAAUAAAAAUCUUGAAAGAGAAAUUGAAGGACUGU